UCCCCGCGCCCUGCCUGGUGUGGUUUGGGCCACGCAUAAAAGAUUCCCGGGCCUAGGGCUCUCUCGGUGCUGAGAUCUCUUUCCUGUCUCUACUCGUGUCUGAACGUCCGUGUGUCCGGCUCUUGCCCACGCAGUCAUGGCCUCCGGCAACGCGCACAUCGGAAAGCCAGCUCCUGACUUCACGGCCACCGCGGUGGUCGAUGGUGCCUUCAAGGAAAUCAAGCUUUCCGACUACAGAGGGAAGUACGUGGUCCUCUUUUUCUACCCACUGGACUUCACUUUUGUUUGCCCCACGGAGAUCAUCGCUUUUAGCGACCAUGCUGAGGACUUCCGAAAUACCCCACGGAAGGAGGGAGGCUUGGGCCCCCUGAAUAUCCCUCUGCUUGCUGACGUGACUAAAAGCUUGUCCCAGAAUUACGGCGUGCUGAAAACUGAUGAAGGCAUUGCUUACAGGGGUCUCUUUAUCAUCGAUGCCAAGGGUGUCCUUCGCCAGAUCACAGUCAAUGACCUACCCGUGGGACGCUCUGUAGAUGAGGCUCUCCGCCUAGUCCAGGCCUUUCAGUAUACAGACGAGCAUGGGGAAGUCUGUCCUGCUGGCUGGAAGCCCGGCAGUGACACCAUCAAGCCCAAUGUGGAUGACAGCAAGGAAUACUUCUCCAAACACAACUGAGAUGGGUAAACAUCGGUGAGCCUGAAGCUUGGAUCUCACCUGUGCCCCGACCUGGAUGUCCUGUGCUGGCCCAGAAAAAUGCUAGAUCUUUCUCCACUCUCUGAAGGGGCUGGAGUCUAGGUUGAGGCUUUCUCAUUAACCACCUGUAAUCUGGUGAAUAGUGACCCUGCCCUGAGCACACCCAGCUGGGCCCAGGUCUAUAGGAAACCAAUAAAGUAUUAGGGACAGUGUAA